AACUGGCCGCAGUAGGUUAUCAGCGUGAAUCAUCGCAGUCCGAGGUCAGGAAGCCAGAUGAGCCCACAGAGACGCAAUUGCUCACCGCGACCAGCCCAAUCCAACAGUCGCUGAGAGAGGACGAGGAAGUUCGGUAUGAGAGGCAAUGCUGACUGACCUGCACGCAGCCAUGGUACCGAAGCGCGAGCCGGCGAAGUUGGAAGAGCGCGAGCGCACGCAGGCGGCGUGUGAGUGCCAAAGCCAAUGCAACAACUGCAAAAUCUUCCUGAGUUUAUUCAUUCUCUCGCUCUCUCUGCACCUCGUCACGCUCUUCUGCUACCUGGACCUGCGCUCUGAGCUCAAACGCGAAAUAUCACAGAAAAACAAAGAUGAGGUGUCAUCAACGGGGCCAAUCCCUCAUUAUGAAGAAGCCACAGCGCCAGUGCUCCGGUUACCGGACACCGACCACCCAACAAUAGACGAUCAGAGCAGAUGGAGGGAUGAGCACACAAGAGGGCUGGAGAGAGUCAUUCAUCGUACCAAACGUUCAGAAAAUAACGGAAAAAGGAAAGGAGAUCGGAAAAAGGGCAAGAAAGGGCCCCCUGGUGCUCCUGGACCUCCAGGCCCGCCUGGUCCACAAGGUCCACCUGGAAUUCCGGGCAUCCCGGGGAUCCCAGGGAGUAACGCAAUGGGUCCAUCUGGCCCACCUGGCCCUCCUGGACCCGCAGGGCCACCUGGACCACAAGGUCCACCUGGACCACAGGGACCUUCAGGUGGCGCCGAUAAAGCCAAGCACAGAGAGACUCAGCCAGCUGUGGUGCAUCUUCAAGGUCAGGAAACCACUAUCCAAGUGAAAGAAGAUUUGUCAGAAGGUGUGUUGAAGAAUUGGAGAAUGAUCUCAAUCCAUCAGAGAGUGUUUAAAAUGCACUCGCGCUCUGGAGAGCUGGAAGUCCUGCUUGACGGAACAUACUUUAUAUAUAGUCAGGUAGAAGUAUAUUACCUGAAUUUCACGGACAUAGCAAGUUAUGAAGUGAUGGUAGAUAAGACUCCAUUCUUGCGCUGCACGCGAAGCAUCGAGACCGGCCAGCGCAAGUUCAACACCUGCUACACCGCGGGUGUGUGUUUGUUGCGAGCACGCCAGAGGAUCUCCAUUCGCAUGGUGUACGAAGACACCUCCAUCUCCAUGAGCAACCACACCACCUUCCUCGGCAGCAUCCGUCUAGGGGACGCCCCGGCAGCUGGACACACCUGAGCCUGUCGGCGCGCAGGUCCACCUAAUCAGACACGCACAUCACUCUCUUUAAAUGUGCAUGAGCUGAUGAGCUCACAGGCCACACCCACUGAACUCAACUGAGCCAUGGACACCACCAAUCUACAGCCAGCCAUAUACUAACAUAUCUGUCAAGCUUCAGGCAAACAUGACUAUGUAGCAUCAGCAACACUGACAAAAAGAUUCAAGUCUCUCUGAGCACUGAAACACCCUCCGUUAGUCCUCAAACAUUAACAGCACAACAUUCACCACAAGUAAUCACAGUCUAUUUACGAAUGAGAUGGGCACACUGCUUUCCUGAAUGAACAGUGUGACCGGAUGAACUCAGCGCUGUUACGGCUGCCGUGUGUGGAAGUAGAUUGAGGCACACACACUGCCCAUCCAGCAUUAGCACAAGGAGAAAGUGAACCUACAGUGAUUGCAGUGACUGGAAAUGACACCAGUAGCAAUCUACUCAGCCGUAACAGACACGCACUUCGUUUGAUUCAACACCACAUAAAUAGUGAACCUGUGUACUAUUCUAUUAAAAUAAGCACUGAUGUUGGCAAUGUAUGUAAAACAGAAUAUCUAUGUUCAGUUAUAGCUGAUCUAUCACACACACACACACAGUCAAGAUACCCAUCUUUUAAAUGAAGUAAUGAAAUCCUGACAGUUUUAUUUUAAUUUUAUUUUUGUUCUUUAACUGUCAUUACCUGUAGGAGUGUCUGCAUAUGAUGGCAGUGGUCCAGGCACAAAAAUGAAUGAUACUUCAUAAUGUUUUCUUCCAUCAACAUCCUGAAUAUUCAAUACCAUAUGCCUCCUGUAGAGGGCGGAAGUGCUCCUCUAUUGUAAAGGUAGCACUGAAAGGUUAAAGGGAUACUCCACUUUUUUUUUGGAAAUAGGCUCAUUUUACCACUCCCCC